UCUGCUGCCGUAGUCUUCUCUCGCAUCGCUUCCCGCCCCAAUCGCGCCCGCAAUGUUGGCGCUGCGUUGCGGCUCCCGCCUGUUUGGCCUGCUCCCGGUCCCUCGCUCCGCGCCGCUGCGCCUCUCGGCGGCCCGCACCUGCAGCAGCGGCGGCGCCCACAACCCACCCUCUUCCUCCUCCGGGAACCCGCUUGUGUACCUGGAUGUCGGCGCCGAUGGGCAGCCACUCGGCCGCGUGGUGCUGGAGCUAAAAGCAGAUGUUGUACCAAAAACAGCAGAGAACUUCAGAGCCCUGUGCACUGGUGAGAAGGGCUUUGGCUACAAAGGCUCGACCUUCCACAGGGUGAUUCCUUCCUUCAUGUGCCAGGCAGGUGACUUCACCAACCACAAUGGCACUGGGGGCAAGUCCAUCUACGGGAGCCGCUUUCCUGAUGAGAACUUCACGCUGAAGCAUGUGGGGCCAGGUGUUCUGUCCAUGGCAAAUGCAGGCCCCAACACCAAUGGCUCCCAGUUCUUCAUUUGCACCAUAAAGACAGACUGGCUGGAUGGCAAGCAUGUUGUGUUCGGCCACGUCAAAGAGGGCAUGGACGUUGUGAAGAAAAUUGAAUCUUUUGGUUCAAAGAGUGGGAAGACAUCCAAGAAGAUUGUCAUCACAGACUGUGGCCAGCUGAGCUAACCCGCAGCCAAGGUGCUGGGAUGGCAGCUAGGACUUGCCCAGGUUACUGCCCAGGGCUCUUAGCGGAGGUGCCCCAAAGAGCUGCCAGUGCUGGCUCCGCUGUCAUUGUGUGUGAGCUUGAGGAAGGCUUGGGGACACGCCCCUCCGCAGGACCCCAGGGUACUCUCCUGAUGUUCCCCCUCACGACCCCAUUUCUGGGCAUCUAAUAUGACAUCAGGCCACACACCCCUCAUCAAGCAUUGCUGAUGAUCGCCCAGCCCAAGUUCGUCUGUGUCAUGGGUGGUGGUGGUGACAGGUCAGCGUCCAGUGAAGGUUUCUACCUUAUCCUUGACCUGGGGGACAACCACUUGCUGCAAAAGGGCUGUGAUACCUGUUCAAUGUUGUCUUCCUAAUUGUAAUAAUUUUAUAAAAUUGCCUAGAAAUGAAGCUGUGACACUAUAUCAUGCUGUGAUGUGACUGAGUUGGUGGCACAGGACUCAGAACCUGAGAGCCUGACCUUUGAGACAUAACUCAGGGCUUUUGUAGAAGCUCCCAAGAUGCCUUUCCUUCCAUCACUGUGAAUCCUGUUGGUUUGCUGCUCUCAUUUUUGAGGAGGGUCUGCGGGUGGAAGCAGGUGACUCUGGGAACAAACCUAUUGCUAGCUGUGCCAAGUCAAUGUGAAUCACUGUCAAAAAUGGAAGUGGCUUGUAAGUGCCCUGUCCUCAGGAGGAAAGUAUUUCCUGGUGGGCUUUGCUUUUUAUGUAUGUUGAAUAAAUUGAAACUACUGAUGAUGUAUAUAAAAGAUUUCUAGAACAUUCAGUGUUCACCUUAAAUGUGAUAAUAAAUCCUAUUUUCUACAAAA